GUAUGUAUGCCCUUCUUCUCUAGCUCUGCCCUCAGUUUCCGGCGUCCAUAGCAACCAAGCAAACAAACAACCAACCAGCCACACUUUCGUGCUGAUCGAGUGUUCUUUCAAACGCUCGAUCAACACUGAUCGAGCAGAACACUCGAGAGCCAAGAGGAAGAAAGAGAGAUGGAGGGUGCCAUAAUCGGCGCGGUACUGAGCGGCACCUUGCCGAAGCUCUACUCGGCGAUACGAGAAGCAGGCGAGGAGCUGUGGUACCUCGACGCUCGUGUCCAAUCCAUCCAGUCUGAGCUUGGGCAUGCCCAAGCUGCCAUCCGAGAUCAUCGCAGGAAUCGCUAUGAUAUGAGCGAUGUGAGGAGAGCCUGGAUUAAAGAUCUGAAGCGCUUUGCGUACGAAAUCGAGGACAUCGUAGACCACCACGUCGCCAAGAAGAUGAAGCGUGUGCAUAUUGCCGCCGAGAUUGAUCAGCUCAAGAAAUCAUCAGAGGGGAUAUACCAUCGGUUUCAACGUUAUAUUAGUGAAGAAUCAAAGCAGAAACCACAAGACGGUGCUUCAUCCUCCACCUCAGGAGCACCGACCUCCCAUGACCAGGGCAUUCCUGGUCAGGCUGGCCACGAGGUCGUGGGCAUGGACAAGCCCCUCCGUGAGCUUAUGGCGCUGCUACGGAAAUCUGAGAGUCCAACGGAGGGGAAGCUCAAGGUGAUCUCCAUCGUUGGCUUUGGUGGCAUCGGUAAGACGACUCUUGCCCGCCAAGUGUACAAUCUUGUGCACCAUGAAUACCCUCUGCACGCUUUUGUUAACGCGAGGGGCAAGGAUAAGGAGGAGAUUCUGAGAGAGAUACUCGAAAAAUUACCUGAGCAAGAUGUCAAAGGCAAGCGCGUGAUUGAGGCCAGUACUACCUCCAUCCAAGCCCCACAAGUGAAUAAUGGUGCUAGCGCCUCCAUCCAAGAUCCACAAGUCAGUUGUGGCCUCCAUGGUGCCUCCAAUAAGGUCUCACAACACAUGAAUGACGUGCAAACACAACUCAAAUCACGCCUUGGGACCAAGAGGUACUUCCUUGUAAUCGAUGAUGUACAUACAAAACAGUUGGGCUCUGGUAUAAUAUCUGCCUUCCCCCAGCUAAAGGGAGUGGACAGCAGAAUCAUUGUGACAACGACCAUACAAUCAGUAGCGAAAGCCUGCAGUGGUAAAGGUGGACACGUGUACAAGAUGAGACCACUUGAAGAUGAUAAAUCAAAAGAGCUAUUCGACAAGAUUGUUUCUUGCGAGGGGUCACCUUCAGAGGCGUCAUCGGAAAUCCGGAAGAAAUGUGACGGUGUACCACUGGCUCUAAUUAGCAUAGCCCAAUUUUGCAAUGGAGAUCUGAGCCAAUGUGAAGACGCCUGGAGGGAACUCCGUACUCCGAAAGAGGAGGACGAGACGCUAGCGAGAAUGCAGCGUGUGCUGGUCAAUGACUACGAAAGUCUAUGUAGCCCCUGUCUCCAGGACUGCUUGCUCUAUCUUUGCAUGUUCCCACAUGGCCAUCCUAUCAGGAGGGCACCUCUGAUAAGGCGAUGGCUAGCUGAAGGACCAGGAAUGGGAUGCAGCAGUAGCAGUGACGCACUCGGGAAUUUCAGCACCCUCAUCGACCGAAAUCUCAUUUGGCCCAUCAAUGAGAAGGUGCAGACAUGCAAAACUCCUGGGAUGAUGCUCGAGUACAUCACCGGCAUCUCCAAGUCGGAGAAUUUCAUGAUGCUGUCAUGUGAUGAUGGGACUGCACCUCAAGACAUCCGCCGGCUUUCCCUCCAUCAUACCGGUUAUUCAGAUAGCAUGCGGGUUUUGCAACAGCAGGACCUAUCCCGUCUCCGGACUCUGGCGGUAUUCUACGAACGCCAGGAGGGUCGUUUGGACUUUACCAAAUGCAAGCUGCUGCGGGUGUUGGAUCUGGAGGAAUGCAAUUGUGUGGAAGAAAGCCACCUCGAACAAAUAUGCAAGUUGUAUCUGCUCAAAUAUCUUAGCCUCCGGGCAAGGGCAAGUAUCACCAAGAUCCCAAGUCGAAUAUGCGAGCUGCGGUUGUUAGAGACGCUCGACCUGGGGAAAGAGACGGUGGUCAAGGUGCCUGUUGAAAUCCUCGAGCUGCCCCGCCUAAAACAUCUCCUUGGAAUGUUUAAACUCCGAGAUUACAGAUCGGACGAAAGGCUAAUAAAGUUCCUGGAGGAGAAAAGUAUGCUGGAGACGCUAGCAGGAAUUGUCACACGCAAGGGCCAAGGGUUCCCACCGCUGAUGCGUCAUAUGUGGCAGCUGACGAAGGUGAAGAUAUGGUGCGACUCGGAAGCAAAUGACGGAAUAUGGACUCCUGUUUCAGAAGCCAUGCAAGAUUUCCUCCGUAGAAGCUGCGAGAUGCUGAAGGUCCGUCACUCCCUGUCAAUUGACUUCCAGAAAAAGUCAGAGGCAUUUCCGAAUUUUCGACGUGCUCAUGAUUGUCGUGGUAAUCUUUUCUCCCUGAAGCUGCGUGGCCAUGGUAGGCUGACGCGAAUCCCUGAGUUUGUUACUAGUGUGGGUAGUAUUACAGAGCUGUGCCUAUCGUCCACUACUCUGAUUUUCGGAGAUGCUGUUCUACGCGGACUGAGCAAUCUGAGCUCAUUGCGAUAUCUGAAGCUGGAGGCAACAAGUAGCAUCAAAGGUCCUGAACAACGUAGCAGCGAAGAAGGCCCCGUCGUCAUACGUCCUGAGCAGUUGAAGAGCCUAGAACGGAUGUGCCUUGUGGCCGAGCAAAACCUGCACUGGAUAACAAUCCAAGAUGGAGCUCUCAAGUAUCUUGUCUCACUUCACCUCAUCUGCCGAGGUCUAGAUGGUCUUUCCGGCGUCAAAAUCACAGACCUCAUGGCACUCAAGGAAGUUGCGCUCCAUUCUGGAGUUGCCAAAGAAACAAAGGAAAAUUGGGAAGAAGCUGCAGAGGGGCAUCCUAAUAGGCCCCGCGUUCUGUUCAUCGAAGGACCCUAAUGCAGGGAUCGAGAUCCUCUGCCGUGCGCGGAAGAAACAUUUCUACAAAAGGUACGGCGGGGAUCCAGGUCCUUGGAGCAGCAUCCCGUUCCCGGGCGUGCAAUCAACUGUCGCUACGGUUGCUUGGAACGUCAGGAAAAAUACCUGGUGUCACUGCUUCGAUCUGCUGUUCCAUCCUGCUGCUGCAAGAUUGAUUUUUCUCCUUUCACGUCAACCGGUUAUCCUUUUUUUACCUCUUCUUAAACAUUUUCAGAAUAAACAUUUUAAGAAGUUAUAUCCAAAACUAAAUCUUUUUCUGCUACGUCAUCGCAAUUAGCGCGGUAAGAAGCUGCUGCCGUGGCAAGGGUUUGGCCAAGUUCCUGUUGGUGAUAUAGUAUAGAGACAAUAUAGUGAUGAUUGUAUCAUAUCUAUAUUUAUGUAAUUUGAAUAAUAUAUUAUUCUACUAUAUGAAUAAUUAUCAUUUACAUUGAUUA